GAUACAGAGAAUUUAAACAACAUAUACGAUAAAUUAAUAAAGGUCGUUUAGUUGAUCUCAGUAUUCCAAACAUAGUGGUUGACACAAUGUCAGUUUGACAUUUCGAUUUUUCUCUUUCUACUUUUUAAUUAUAACUUUCUCAAAGGUGCCGCUCUGAACGGCCGGCAUGAUUUUAUUAAUACCCGUGGACUAGAGCAGAAAGUGAAGAAAAAGCCUCGAGAGAGACGGCGCAGCUCGAGGGCCAAAAAUAAUCGGACCGGAGAUGAAUCUCGUAUCUGGCUUGUCCCAGUGGCAAACGCCAUCUGAUCGUGGGAUCUCUUCCGCGGAUAUCCGUGCGUCUUUUCUAAAGAGCGGAGAAGCAUCAUAGAGUUUUCAUCAAAAGCCAAUAUCCAUCGCGGAGGAAGGAAAGGAAGACUGACGAAAGAGGGACGCGGCUUAGUUUUGUUCAUGCCGACGACGAUAGGUCGAUGUCUCGUCUCUUAUUUCGCGCUAAUGUUCGCCGUAUGUCUGGCCAAAGACGCGCACAUUGUGGGCAGAUGGGCGGACAGGUUGGGUACCGAAUUAUGGGAACUCGCAAACGAAGUUGCUGGACCCCAGGAAUUGUUGGAAAAAUACAAGAGCAUGAAUACGCGAGUUGAGGACAAGUCCGGAGAAGACUUGGUGAACAUAAUCAGCGAGAAUGUGGGUAGGAUGCUGCGCCGGAAGAUGGACGCAAUUACCUGCAUUCGAAUAGCGGCCGAAGCAGCGGUGGAGGAUUGGGACAAGUCUCUUGUGGAUGGCAAUUUCUCUUACGUUUCCAGCAAGUGUAGCCCUGUCAACGGUAAGCGGACGAAGGACAGGCAGUGCAAGGAGAGGGACGUGAGCGUAUACAGAGAGAUGGAACUAACGGCGGACUCGCAUUUUUACAAUAUUCCUGUCAACACGAGUUACUCGUCGGUUCACGUACCAACCAACGUAUUUGAUCUCACGCAAGAAGUGAAGGAGGAUAUUGCGAGGACCGAGGCGUUGGACGAUAUGUUUCGUCAGAAUUACGAAUCCGAUCCGGCGUUAUCAUGGCAAUACUUCGGUUCGAUCACUGGCAUGCUCAGACAAUAUCCCGCCAUGCAAUGGCGAACGAGUAUCAAUGAUUACGAUGGCGAUAACGACGAUGAGGACGAGAGACCUGCCGAUCUCUACGAUUGCAGGGUGCGCAGUUGGUUCAUCGAAGCAGCUACGUGCAGCAAGGACAUGGUGAUCCUGAUAGACGUCAGCGGCAGCAUGACCGGCAUGGGGAGGACGAUUGCGAAGGCAACUGUGAACUCGAUCCUGGAUACAUUGUCGAACAACGACUUUGUCACGUUGCUAAAGUACAACAACGAGACCACCGAGCUGGUGCCGUGCUUCAAGGACAUGCUAAUCCAAGCCACUCCCGAGAAUCUCGACACGUUUAAAAAAUCCAUGGAGGAACCCGAUAAUCUCAAGACGGAGGAAGUUGCUAAUCUCACCGAGGCCUUCACCAAGGCGUUCAGCCUGCUUAAGACUUAUCGAGAGUCGCGUGGUUGUAAUGCCGAUACGCCGUGCAAUCAGCUCAUCAUGCUCGUCACAGACGGCGUUGCUGGAAAUCUAACGGAAAUAUUGGAGAAAUGGAAUCGGGAAGAAAAUGGUACUCGCAUACCGGUGCGGGUGUUCCCGUUUCUUUUGGGGAUGGAGGUGACAAACAUAAGCGAUGUUGAAAGGGUAGCAUGCUUGAACCGCGGCUCCUGCAAGCACGUGCACACGCAAGAGGAAGUGCGCGAGCAAGUGCUCAAGUACAUCUCGGUCGUAGCACGUCCCCUGGUACUUCAGGGUGUGGUGCAUCCCAUUGUGUGGACGCACGUUUACGCUGAUAUCACGAAUCCGGCACUUGCCGCUUGGCUGUGGCGGGUGAUGGAACACGAGGAUCAAAAGUCACGCUUGCAAAAACACUUGAAGAGAAAACAGCUGGGCGUGCGAAUGAACCAGGAUGCAAUCUACAUAAUGCAGCUUGGCAAGGGCGAGAACAUUGAGGAGGAUCCGUCCAUCCUGAACACGACAUCUUGGCAGGAAUAUAGAUUGCUGACUUCCGUGGGCACACCUGUGUUCGAUAAAAGGAGCAACCGCGACAAUGUGACACAUGUGACGGAGGACAAGUUGCUCGGAGUGGCUGGCACGGACGUGCCGAUCGACGACUUCCGCAAGCUUACAUUGCCGUAUAAGCUCGGUGUAAACGGCUAUGCCUUCAUCGUGUCUAAUAAUGGUUACGUGAUACUGCAUCCGGAUCUACGACCAGUCUACAAAGGCCAGCUCAAAUUGAACUACAAUAGUGUCGACUUCACGGAAGUCGAGAUACUUGAUGACGGACGCGAGCCGAGGAACCCAGGUCCUGUUAUUUUGAAGCUAAGAUCAGAGUUGGUCGAUCACAAGAACGGUAGCAUGAAAGGGAUCCCCGUAAGAUUACAUUACGAUGACAAUCGUCGUGUCUCCCUCGAGAGACGCGAUUACUUUUACGCGCCCUUACCUGGCACGCCGUUCACCCUCGCGGUUGCCUUACCAAAUUACGGAACUACUUGGAUCAAGGUUGGCGAUGAGAUCCGUCGGAAUCAAAAUAUGAAUAUCAAUGUGUCGGACUAUUUUACGGGCGAUCACUGGCGCGUGCAUCCAAGCUGGAUAUAUUGUCACUACCACUACCUGGAGAAUCAUCAGUUUGAUAGUCCGGAAGAUGAGCUACGCCACUUCUUGGCGAUGAUGAGUCGACCCGGUUGGCGCUGGUCCGAGCAAUACGAAGCUUAUCCGUCUAUGCUCGAGGACAUCGAUCAGGAGCCCAAUUGUGGCAGACAGACACUCAACUACGAUGAUUAUUACUGCAACAAGGAACUCAUACAGUUACUGGUAUUCGACGCCAGGGCAACGAACGAUAGCUUUGGUUGCGAUUACAUGGAGAACUUGCCACCUAGAGCUCGGAAUUUAGCGCAGUUUUACGGCAUCUUUAUAAGAUUCAUCGCGACGCAAAGCGGUCUGACCAGAUGGCAUCAUCUCAAUGUCAGUGACCUGGCGGAUGCGGAUGACGGUAUUGUCUUCGGCGAUCUUCACAGGCGAGCGGUGAACGAACCCUGGUACAAGGGGGCGAUCUUUCAAAACGAGUUGGAUCCCAACAGUAUCUCUUUAUCCGUACCCCGAGAAGCGGACGCGGAUGCGGUAGUGACGGCAUCGAUGACCCUUUCGCCUAAGGAUGGUGGUAAGAAGGCACCAGCGGCGGUGGUGGGCUUUCAGAUGCCGAUAUCGGGUCUGUACAAUCGAUUCAUGGAGCUUACUUCGGUGACGACAAAUCCCGACAUGAAUUGCAACAAUGAUUGGAUCGAAUGCUAUCUGUUGGACCAGAACGGCUACGUGGUUAUCGGAGGAAAGCACAACGUCACCGGACAAUUUAUGGGCACCGAGGAGGGCGCCAUUAUGAUUUCCAUGAUCGGCCAAGGUCUCUAUAACGCCUAUGACAUUUAUGACUAUCAAGCUUGGUGCUAUGAGAUUCGAAUCGGCAACUCUGCCAACAGCAUGAUGGAACCGUUGCGAUACAUGGGUAGGCUGUUAGUUUGGUUUUUGUUACGGUUGAUGUGGCUGGCGACCCAAUUCGUAAACUUGCCCGGUAUCCACGGCAAGGUCCACUCUGACGAGGACUUACCUGAUCCGCCACCACCACCAAAAAAAUAUCUCCAUUACUACUCCUGCGAUCAGAAACGUACGCUCUACAUGCUGAACGAGACCGUCGCCAACAAAGGCAUCACCAAUCACUCCGAUUACUGCUCGAGGCCGUUCUACGCUCAGAAAGUGCCGCACACGAAUCUCUUGUUGGUAGUGGUGAACAGCAUGUAUUGGUCGUGCUACAAAAAAGUGGUAGUAACCCCUGUCAACAUAUCACCCCUCGAGUACACAAAUAGCACGGCCGAUAAACCUUGUCACAAAAUUCCGCUGAACGCUUUGAAGAGGCGCAGGUUGAAAAGUUGCUUUACGGAACAUCCUCUGGAACUUGAAAUCGAUUGCGGAGGAGCCUCUGAAUUGACAAUGUCCCUCUUGUUGUUAUGGAUUACCAUCGUUAAGAUUCUGUAUGCCUUUGUAUAACGAUAAAAUUCAACCUUAUAUAUAUAUAAUUGUUGUUUUAUAAGGAAAAGAAAAGAAAAUAAAA